AGCAAAUCCUGAGACUGCCCAGAAAGUGCUGGAACUUUCUCCCCGCCCCCCGGAAGGAGCAGACUCCAAUUGAAAGAGGUGGGCUCACCUGAGCAGCCCCAAGCUUGUAGCAGUCGGAACCGAAGCCACCUGCACCCUCCCAUGUGAUUUCCAGAAACAUCAGCGCGAGCUCUUCCUCAGAGUACCUGACUCGGGCUACCCAGGAGACGCUGGGCCAAUAAAAGUCAUCGACAGGAGUCCCCGGGACCAGGAGAUCUAUCGGCGGACACUGAGAGAACUGCCCAGAGGAGCACCAUGGAGGGCGACUGUCUGAGCUGCAUGAAGUACCUGAUGUUUGUUUUCAAUUUCUUCAUAUUUCUCGGAGGGGCCUGCCUGCUGGGCCUGGGCAUCUGGGUCCUGGUGGACCCCACCGGCUUCCGGGAGAUUGUGGCUGCCAACCCCCUGCUCGUCACGGGCGCCUACAUCCUGCUGGCCAUGGGCGCGCUCCUCUUCCUGCUGGGCUUCGUGGGCUGCUGUGGGGCCGUCCGCGAGAACAAGUGUCUGCUGCUGUUUUUCUUCCUCUUCAUCCUCAUCAUCUUCUUGGCGGAGCUGUCGGCUGCCAUCCUGGCCUUCAUCUUCAGGGAGAACCUCACGCGCGAAUUCUUCACCAAGGAGCUCACCAAGCACUACCAGGGCAACAACGACACGGACGCCUUCUCUGCUACCUGGAACUCAGUCAUGAUCACCUUCGGCUGCUGUGGGGUGAACGGCCCCGAGGACUUCCGGUUUGCGCCUGUUUUCCGCCUCCUGACUUUGGACAGUGCCGAGGUGCCAGAGGCCUGCUGCCGGCGAGAGCCCCAGACACGGACUGGGAUGAUGCUGAGCCGGGAGGAGUGUCUGCAGGGCAGGGACCUGUUCCUCAACAAGCAGGGCUGCUACACCGUCAUCCUCAACGCCUUUGAGACCUACGUCUACCUGGCCGGGGCCCUGGCCAUCGGAGUGCUGGCCAUCGAGCUUCUCGCCAUGAUCUUCGCCAUGUGCCUCUUCAGGGGCAUCCAGUAGGGGCAUGACCUGGAGAUGCC